UGCUAUAAAUACCCUUCUCUUCUUUGCGUUUGUUCAGAAGGAAUUAUAACAACCAAGAAACACUCGUUAAGCUUGUUCUUCUGCUUCCGUGUGUGUUUUUUCUCUUGGUGCAAAAAAUUUCAGAAAAAAUGGCAGGAAUUGUGGUGGUUUUCGACUUUGACAAGACAAUCAUUGAGUGUGAUAGUGACAAUUGGGUGGUGGAUGAAUUAGGUGCCACUGACUUGUUCAAUCAACUUCUCCCCACCAUGCCUUGGAACUCACUCAUGGAUACGAUGAUGAAGGAGCUUCGUUCGCAAGGAAAAACCAUUGAAGACACUGCGGAGGUUCUGAAAAGGAUCCCAAUUCAUCCAAGAGUUGUGCCAGCCAUUAAAGCAGCUCAUGCUUUAGGGUGUGAUUUGAGGAUUUUGAGUGAUGCAAAUCUGUUUUUUAUUGAGACAAUUUUGAAGCAUCUUGGAUUAGAGGAAUAUUUCUCAGAGAUCAACACCAACCCAAGUUAUGUUGAUGAAGAAGGAAGUCUUAGGAUUUCACCUUACUGUGAUUUCACCAAUUCCCCUCAUGGCUGCAGCCUCUGCCCUCCCAACAUGUGCAAGAGUGUGAUCCUUGAAAGAAUCCAGACUUCUGUAUCAACUGAGGGGAAGAAAAGGUUAAUCUAUCUUGGUGAUGGAAGUGGAGAUUACUGCCCAAGUUUGAAGCUCAAAGAAGGAGAUUUUGUGAUGCCAAGGAAGAACUUCCCACUUUUUGACCUAAUCUGCAAAAACCCAUUACUCAUCAAGGCUGGCAUCCAUGAGUGGACUGAUGGGGAGGAGCUUGAGCAGAUUCUGCUAAACCUAAUCAACUCAAUUUCCAUUGAAGAAAAUGCUCAGUUUCUUUCAGCAGAUUGCAAGUUGCAGACUAUUUCUGUUGAGGCACUACCUCAAGCUCUCCCUGUCCAGCAAUAGUAAAUUAGUUAAAUAAUUACUCUGUUUGUGUAAUGUACAAGUGUGUGUGGUUGGUUGACCUAAUUGAUGUGAUAGCGCCAAGCAAAUUCAUGGAAACCCUUAAUUUUACCCUAACUUUGUUUUCUUAGGUUGGAAACCAAGGUUUGUAAGUUUUGUGUUUUCUUAUUGAUCAAGAAAUUGGAUCAAUAUAAUCCUUGAGAAAAGAAACAAAGAGGGAAAUUGUUUUUUUCUUUUC